ACGAAUCGAAUCCUGCGUUUUACGUCUGUGGGCUAUCUGGCCUCUGCGAAAAAGUGUGUGAUUUGAAGCGAGCGACAACAUGAUGGCCUGGUCACCACCCUCUGCGCCGUCGCGGCGAAGAGGAAUCAUUCCUCUACUAACAUUCCUCAUCUUUGUCGUCUAUCUUGAGUUUCUCCCACAUCCUUCGCUCGAUUCCUGGCGUCGCUCUGUCCUGCAUUCGACUACGAAGUGGACGCCAGCAGAUUUGCCAUGCGCACACCUGCCCGGCGCCGAGGACGUGUUUGUUAUAGUACGGACGGGCGCGACCGAGGUCCAUCAUAGGCUUCCGAUCCAUCUCGAGACGACACUGCAUUGUGUCCCCGACUUUGCCAUCUUUUCCGAUCUAGAGGAGGAGAUUCAAGGUCUCCCGGUCCACGAUGCCCUCGAUGACCUCAGUGAGGUCGCACUGAAAGAGUACCCAGAGCUAGAUUUCUACCAUGACCUACACAGGUACAAAGCCGAAGGCAGGAAUAUUUCUGCGCUCAUCGAGACACAUGGCCGCCAAUCCAGUGUGCGUGACAAGGCGUGGAAUCUGGAUAAGUGGAAGUUUCUGCCGUUGAUGUCUAAGGCAUACGCUAUGCGUCCUUCCGCAAAGUGGUACGUCGUCAUUGAAGCCGACACCUCUAUCCUAUGGAGCAAUAUCUUACACUGGCUUAACACGCUGGAUCCCAGCGAGCCCAUGUAUAUUGGAGGUCAGACAUGGGGCGGCGCCGUCAAGUUUGGGCACGGCGGCAGUGGCAUCAUCAUCUCACAGCCAGCGAUGCAGAUGCUAGUCGAGAAGCAAGCCCGUAACAUCGAGCUAUUUGAAAAGAUCUCAGGCGACGAUUGGGCUGGUGAUCGCGCGUUAAGCGUAGCAUUCCGGAAAGUGGGAUUGCAGCUUACCGAGGCGUUCCCCAUGAUCCAGGGCGAGACACCAUACACACUAGAUUUCACCGAAAAUCACUGGUGUCAUCCCGUCGUGACAUAUCACCAUAUGCCCCCGAAUUGGAUCCGAAGGGUAUGGGAAUUCGAGCAGGCGUGGAUCACUUCACCGCACCUAGCCAACCAGACAAUCUACCACCGCCACAUGUUCGAUGCCUUCAUCCUCCCCGAAAUCCAAUCCGAGCGCCUGGACUGGGACAACAUGUCCAACGACGUGCAAACCCCCUUCCACCCGCCCACCAUCGACCACUGCCGCAAGCUCUGCGAGAUGAACAGGAAGUGCAUGCAGUGGCAUUUCGCACCAGGAUCCUGCCGCACGAACCACGUCGUCCGUCUGGGCCAGGCCAUCUCGCCCGAUUUUUUCCCCGAGCAGAGCCUCGAUACCAUCGGCUUGAGCUCGCCAGGCCCGAAUCUUGAAGAUGUCGAGUCGAGCUUGUCAGAUCCGAAUCUCGACUCGAGCUCCUCCUUGGAUCCGAGUCUGGACACUAUCCACCAUGUUGAACGGGACAGCGAGGAUAUCACCAAGUUUUUGAAAAGCGCGCGGCCGACGUCGGGCUGGAUGCUAGAGCGGAUAACGGCUUUCAAGGAGCGCCUGGGGAGGUGCAAGAAGCCGUGGGCUGGGGCGUACAGGUUUGAUUGAACAUGGGACAUAUACUACAGCUGCUGUGGAUGGUUAUUAUCAUUAUCGUUUUAAAUGCAUUC